AACCGCACAGGACGCGCCGCGAACACCCCUGCUUACAGCAUUUGAAUAUACACAAACACACGCGAGACCGCCGCUCAUCUUCUCUUCUUCCCUCUUGACCCAACUUCAGCUAUUCUGACUCUACAUUCAACUCAAUCCAAGUUAAGAGAGCUAAUUGCAAUGUCUACUGAAAAAUCACUUGUGGCUCACAGCAGCUUAGCUUGUGCUCGUUGCGGGAAGCCUGCUAAUCUUCAGUGUCCCAAGUGUGUAGAAUUAAAGCUUCAUUGUGAUGGUGCUACCUUCUGCACUCAAGAAUGUUUUAAGGCAUCCUGGAGUUCUCAUAAAUCCGUUCACUCGAAAGCAAAGAUGUCCAUGCUAAAUUCCAAGAUUUCAGGUGAACAAGAAUCAACGACACCAUAUGAUUGGCUAUACUGUUUGAGAAAAGGACAGUCCCGAACACCCAAACUUCCUAGAUUUGAUUGGACAGGGACUUUGAAGCCACACCCCAUAUCAAAGCCGCGGUUAGUACCUGAUCACAUUGAUAAACCUGACUGGGCACUUGAUGGAACUCCAAAAGUUGAGCCUAGUAGUGACCUCCAGCGUGUCGUUGAGAUUAAAACACCAGAACAAAUUGCGAGAAUGAGGGAAACAUGCCAAAUGGCCCGGGAAGUUUUGGAUGCAGCUGCACGAGUUAUUCAACAAGGUGUUACAACUGACGAAAUUGAUGCCGUAGUGCAUAAAGCAACAAUUGCUGCUGGAGGAUAUCCAUCACCCUUGAAUUACUACUUCUUCCCAAAAUCUUGCUGCACGUCGGUCAAUGAAGUGAUUUGCCAUGGGAUCCCUGAUGCGAGAAAAUUAGAGGAUGGGGAUAUCAUAAAUGUCGAUGUAACUGUAUUCUACAAAGGAGUUCAUGGUAAUUAUGUAGGUGAUCUCAAUGAAACUUUCUUCGUUGGAAAUGUCGACGAGGCAUCUCGACAGUUGGUCAACUGCACUUACGGGUGUUUGGAGAAAGCAAUAUCAAUUGUUAAACCUGGAGUACGAUUUCGAGAAAUUGGAGAAGUUGUUAAUUGCCAUGCUCUGAUGUCAGGGUUCUCUGUGGUGAAGACAAUUGCUGGUCAUGGAAUUGGAGAGCUCUUCCACUGCGCACCAAAUAUUCCUCACUAUGCAAGAAAUAAAACUGUGGGUAUCAUGAAGGCUGGGCAAACCUUUACCAUUGAACCGAUGUUAAAUGCAGGUAAUUGGCAUGAUCGGAUGUGGCCUGAUGGCUGGACAGUAGUCACGGCAGAUGGCAGACGCAGUGCUCAGUUUGAACACACACUUCUGGUGACAGAUACUGGAGUGGAAGUUCUAACAGCUCGCUUACCUACAUCCCCCAAUAUGUUUCCCUGGUUAAAGUCUUGAGGAUAACACUCCUUGGACUAGCAAGUAGCCUUCUAAUGACACGAUAUUCAUUUAUUGGAUAUGUAAUAAUAUAAAUAUGAGAAAUUAUUUAUUUCAUCCCCCUAAUUUGAACUUCUAACUUGUAUGAAUGGUAUCACUACACAUUUUUUACUUACAAAUGAUGCCGUUAUUAUUAUCA